AUGCAAGCGAUCACGUAUCAAGAACCAUUCAAAGUGCUAGUGAAGACGGUGCCAUUGCCACAAAUUAUCGAACCUACUGAUGCCAUUGUUAAGAUUAGUUCGAGUGGAUUGUGUGGAUCUGAUCUACAUCGUAUGCGUAGUUCCUCGUUUUUUUUUCACUUUGAAAUUAAAGAUUCGGACGAUCAACACAAUUCUUUGAAUUCAGUUUAUAGGAAUGAUGAAAGAGGACCCGACAAAGAUACAAUUAUGGGACAUGAAUUUGUUGGUACAAUUCAUCAAAUCGGAAGUGACGUUAAUAAGAAUAUCCCGCACGACCAAGACAGAUUUAAGAUAGGUGAUCGCGUUCUUUCACCUUUCACAACUUGUUGUGGCGAAGCAAGUCAAGUAUACGGUGUGAUAUACGAUGGUCAUGGAAUCAAUGGUGCGCAAGCCGAAUACAUCCGAGUCCCACUGGCAUCAACUACUCUUGUCAAAGUUCCUUCGGAAAUUAGCGAUAACUUGGGUUUAUUACUCGCCGACAUCCUGUCCACAGGAUACUUUUGUGCGGAAAACGGGCUAAAUGGGUUGAUCGGUCAACGUGAAAUAAAAUGUGAUGCCAAUUCCUAUGAUGAGAAUGAUGUAUUAGUGGUGGUGGGAUGUGGACCAGUUGGCUUGAUGACCGUUGUAUCAGCGGUUUACCUCGGGGCGAAAAAAGUUUAUGCGAUUGAUAGCAUUAACGAAAGGUUAAUGUUAGCACGGGAUUUUGGGGCUAUACCACUUCAUUUGGAUCUCGAUGAUCCUGUGCAAACUGUUAAAGAGGCCACUGGUGGAAGAGGUGCCGAUGUGGUUAUGGAGGUUGUAGGAAAUUCAUCAGCUCUUGAGCUAGCAUACAAAUUACUCAGACCUGCCGGCAUGCUGUCAAGUGUCGGCGUCCAUAACUCGAAAUCAUUUCCUUUUAGCCCCACAAAUGGGUACGAUAAGAACAUCACCUACAAGUCAGGUCGUUGUCCGGUUAGAAGAAUAUUGGAAAGAACCACUCAAUUGGUAUUAACGAAAAGAUUUGAUUUAGAAAAGAUCAUUACACACGAAAUGAAAUUGUGCGAUGGCGAAGGAGCGUAUAAUAUCUUUGAUAAGAAAUUAGAUGGAUGUGUCAAGGUGGCUACUCUUAGCAUGGAUAGUUUAUGCCUUUUUUUCUUUUCCUCCUUUUUUCACGACAAAGUACUCUAUACUCAUUUUACCUGGGACGAAUUUGGAGAGACUCCGUUUUUUUGCCCAUCCAACUAUUUCUACGGCAGCAAAACCUUGGAGAUGGCGUGCAAAGUUCGAGCAGCAAAUUUGAUUUGUCUGUGGGCAUUCUUAUUCCUGGCAAUCGCGUGGGCCAGGUUUCUACAAGUGGGUUAUAUAGACGAAACUUUUGAUAUCAGUAUUAAGUUGGUUGACGAUCCGGAAAAAGGUUACAUUAGAUACGAGUGA